AUCGUGAUAGAAAGCUGCUGGUCAUCGGCGAAAUAUUACCGCUUUAUCGUAUCGAUGCCAGUGCGAUCUUGCACGAAAUAUUUUAUGCUGGGCUUGUUUGCAGAUAGCCAAUAGUAAGCGGCCGAUUAAAAGAGCCCUGCUUGAUAACGAGAUAGCUAUUUAUCGACAGCGACACCCCGCCAGAGGACUACUGUCCCAUCGCUCAUCAACGUGUCCUCACGUACGCUUGCAUGUACAAUGCCGCUGCCCGGUCUCCUCGAGCUCACGACCAGCGUGAAGAAGUCUUGGUAAACCUGUGACGUGAAGCUACGUGCUGAAUCGCGAUCUUGACCUCGAGGACGCGUUUCUCGAGCGCGGAGACAGCCGCUCCAAGCAUCACGUGUCAAGCAUCGUGUUAUGCGACUCGGUAGCAAUUUGCCAGCGAGAAGAUGGGGAUCACGAUGUCGAAGAUCAAAAUCGGCCCCUGGGGAAAAGAGGCUAAGGGUGGGUCCAAGGUGGUCGAUACCCCCGGCAGCAAGAUGGACAACUACGAGGACAUGGAACUGAUGCUGCUGAGGAAGUCCAUCAAGAGGAAUCCGGAGAUUUUUAUUCUGAACAACCUCAUGCUGUGUGUCCAGUUCUUUGAGAAUUAUGAGGAAAAUAUCAUCCAAGUUAAAAAGACCCUGGCGUCGUCCUCCGAAGCUAAGCUAAAUAAGAAACUACCUCCUCAGAAGCACGUUUUGAUGCCGGAUGUUCUUCAGGAACAUGUCUCGCACAAUGUCGCCUUCAUCUCGACGCGACAGACCUCCCGUCCCACCAUCGAGCCACUGCACCCUAUCCGCAUUUACGUCGUGCACGACAACAUCGAGAUCACGGAGCAGCAUUAUCUGCCGGAGUACAGCAGCGUGAACAAUGAGAUUACAUACAACAUGAUGGUGAAACCGAGCGAAUAUCAAGGAUACGUGCGGCUGGAGCUCCUCGACGAGACCCCGUACACGAAGAAUUCCGUCAAGAAGGAAGAUAUCGACCCUUCAGCGGAGGACGACGACGAGACAUACAGCGACACCGACAGCAUCUACGUUCCCAAGCCUGCCUCGAAGAUGGUUCGCUCCCAGAAGAUGAAGAAAGGCAACUUCCAGCCGAACAAUGCUAGAUCUUUGCCAAAUUUGCACAACGACGAGGCCAUGUACAAGGACCAGGCGUACCACUCGCGUGACAAUCUGUACGAAACUCGAUCCAGCCACGACAUCAGGCCCGAGUCCGACUACGAGCAUGUGUCUUCAGCUUCGGACGACCGGUUGACCAAGAGAGCUUGGCCGAAGAGCGAAUUGCCGGCAAAGUCCGGAAACCAUCAGCGACAGGUGUGUAGCGGCGCGACAAAGUUGAAGAAGAUGAACAGCCGCAGCCCAGCCGGCAGUACGAGCUCUGGUUACCGGUCCGGGCAUUACGCGGUCGACAGCGACAGCGACAGCAGCUAUCACGUCAUGCAGUCGUCCAGUGUGCAGCUCAGCUGCAACACGAACCGCGACGCAGCCUCCUCAUGCAACUCUCAGCAUAGCUACAGCGACAAGCCGAUCGCAGACGCGUCGACGGAGGUUUACUCGAUAUUGAACUCAAAGAUACCGCAGCGGUGCUUCAAGAAGAUCAUGCAUACCCGAGAUGGCAAGAUUUACGACCCGCGAGAGGAGAAGAAGCUGCUGCAGAACAAUAAGCAACGUCGCCUUAGGAUGGCUAUAAGGAGACGCAACUAUGAGGUUUCUUACAUCAGCAGUUUGGAGUUCAUGAGGCACUUCGUUAACCUCUACAAGGAUCAACUGGGCCAGCUGUUCGGCUUCGACCAAGAGGAUUUGGACGAGGUGAAGCCUGAAGGCUCGGUCAUCUACUGCGACAAAAUCAUGAUAUCUCACAAUUCUAGACUCUGCAAGGUCGAGUCGUACGAGGUGACGCCGGCGAUCUGGCUGCAGUGGCCGGAAUACUCCCAGGAGUGGUUGGACCGGCCGAGAAGCACGUGGCCGACCUACAGUGACAUCAGCAAGGUGAAGGACUUCGGCUGCCACAUGGUGCCGGAAGGCUUCCUGCCGAAAAAGGGCAGCAAUCUCUACCACGAGCUCGAGUGGCAGCUGAUGUUCCCAGCCGCUGAGCGAUAUCUAGAGACCUGCAUGACGCACUCUCAAGUUCAAGUGUACCUAAUCGCGCUGAUGUUGCACAAGAGCUUCAUAAGACCAGUCUUCGAUACCAUGUAUGGCUUGACGACCUCCCAUAUUAGAAACAAGAUGUUCUGGUUGAUCGAAGAGGACGACAGACCCUCAAAAUGGCCCGACAAUCGGACCGGCGAGUGCCUGAUCAAGUUGCUCAACGGUCUUUACCGUUGCCUCAGUCAAAACGAGCCGACCUUGUCGGACUACUUCGUCCGCGACAAGAACGUGUUCCAGAGAGUGCCGUCCGACCACUUGCUGCAUACCCAGAAGCAACUGAAAAGGAUCAUCGAGAACCCGGUCAUGUACUUGUUCCACGCGAUGGAGAACAUCAGGCAUAGCGAGAAGUUCUUCCCGCGGCUGAACUACGAGAUGCUGCUGAAGAUCUUGACGAUGGACGCGUUGGCCCUGGUGAAUCCGGCACUCGGCCAGUCUAUGUUCAUGUCGUCGGCGUCGUCAUCACGAUCGAAGGCGCACGAUGAGUCCCACAUGGCCAGGGACGAGAUCUACAAUAAGCCCGGCGGAUUCUGGGACACCGCGAAGUUGCAGACCGAGAAGAAGAUAUACACGCGAGUGGUCACCAACAGAACGUUGAUCAAUCCGCGCAGGGCGACGGACUCCAUUAUCGAGAUCUCGGUGCGCUGCGGAGAACUGGAGGGUCCAAGGCUAGGCGCUCUGUUGGACUUCUUUGUCAGGCACUUCAUAAAAAUGGCCGAGCGCUGUCACCAGUAUCAGGCUUAUCAGCAGAAAAAGGUUUAUCUCGAUCAGGCGGAUCGGCUGUCGAUCAUUCUGUCGGAGGUGAGCAGAUACACGGACGACGCUAAGGCUUAUCGCGACAAGAUCUACAUUCUGAAGCUGAAAAAGACGAGUUCAAGGUCACAGCAAAAGGACCUCCCGGAGACACCCAAGAGGAACGGCGAACCUCUAUUCGUUGGCACUCUGAAGGACCGUUUCAUACGAGAGGCUGCCGAUGUCACGGUAGAGCCUAAGGAGAAGCAACCGCAAUCUAGUCGUGAGGAUUGCAAAGACAAGGUCGCCAAGAGCACCUUCUAUGAGGUGCGAUUCGAGAAUAAGGAUAACACGCAGGUGAAGCCUGCGAAACCUGCGAAGUCAAGCGAAGGCAAAAGCAGCGAAAUUACUUCUAUCUUGAAGAACCCCACACCGAGGGAUCAAUGUGACGAGUCGGCUUCUAGUACAGCCCAGAAAGUAGUUUCCUUAGCGGAUAACCAAAAUGACUCGUUUCUAACGGAAACGACAUACAUAUAGCACGUUUACUGAGAAUAGGACGUGGAUGAUUUGUCGGGGACGAACAAUCUUUUCUUGUUGGCAACAAUACGUAACAAUAUUAGGAACAAAUUGAGGACAAGAUAAACUAAAUGGUAUUCAUUGUUGUCAUUUCGAGAGGGAAUGAGAUAAUCAAUUUAGGUAGAAGACUGAGCGUGCUUAUCAUCUUGCCGAGUUGUCAACAUCCGACUAUCAUCGAGUUAUGUAAAAAGUCAAACGAUUAUCAAAUCGUAAUCAAACUUAGCUUAACAGUAGCAAGCAAUUGUUGUUUUAGUUAAAGUUGUCUGACAAAUUCACUUAAAAAUUGUAAUGUUAUUGUGUACAUAUACACACACAUACACUGUGUAAUAUUAUUUAGUUUAUUUAAGAGAUUGCGUUGCCAGAUUACGCAUGUCGAAAGAAAGAGAGAGAGAGAGAAUCUUCUAUUAAAAUAUAUUCUUAUUUAAUUAAUUCACAAAAAAUUCUCACACACACAUCUUUCUUCUAAAUCAUUCUUGUAAAUAAUCAUUCUUUUUCACGCGUGUAUGCCGCAUGAAUGAUAAUUGAAUAUUGUGUUCAGCAUGGUGGAAUAAUUAAUAAAU